ACCCGUUUUAUCACGUGAUCAGAGUGGGCUUGAGCCCUAGCGAGCUUUUUUAGUCUGGACGGCUCGCUUAGCCCGAGGUGCGGACCCAGCUAAAUACUCUCCGACUUCCGCUCAACUUUUUUCUUUCCUUCCUUGUACCUACCAACCCAACCAACAACAUCACCAAGGACGAUUGACGACCUUUCGCACUCGCCAUGCCUCCCAAGUUCGAUCCCAAUGAGGUGAAGAUCAUCCACCUGCGUGUGACCGGUGGUGAGGUCGGAGCCCAGUCCGCCCUGGCUCCCAAGAUUGGUCCUCUCGGUCUGUCCCCCAAGAAGAUCGGUGAAGAUAUCGCCAAGAACACUGGUGACUGGAAAGGUCUCCGUGUGACCGUGCGUCUCACCAUCCAGAACCGUCAGGCUCAGGUCUCCGUCGUGCCCUCCGCCUCUUCUCUGGUCAUCAAGGCCCUCAAGGAGCCCCCCCGUGACCGUAAGAAGGAGAAGAACAUCAAGCACAACAAGUCCAUCCCUCUGGACGAGAUCAUCGAGAUCGCCCGCAAGAUGCGCUUCCGCUCUCUUGCUAAGGAGCUCCAGGGUACCGUCCUGGAGAUCCUCGGUACCGCUUUCUCCGUUGGUUGCCAGGUUGAUGGCCGCAGCCCCAAGGAUGUCUCUGACGACAUCAAGGCUGGCGAGAUUGACAUCCCCUCCGAGUAAAUGGUCAAUAUACCCCGGCGGUCAUGAUUUCAUGUCGACAUGCUAGCUAGGAGAAUAUGAUCAUCUCUUGACAACCCUAUCUUACGAAGUAAUGACAAGAUUCCCAAUUGUGUUCUGCAAAUUGAUGCUUGUUCCGGUUCACGUAUACUACCUCUCCCUCCGUGAUUACCGUGUUUUACUUGCCGUAUCAAUGCGAGUCAGAACACGGGCAAUCUACAACCCCCUCAACACAACCUUUGCAACACUCUGGCCCGUACUGUCCCUUUCCCGCCUUCUGGCCUUGGAUUGGACUGAGUGCAUCGUGGUAUAGGCUUAUUUUAAGCAAAGAAGAUCAAAUCGACCUACUACUCACCGCGGUAUCUUCGCAGGAUGUCUCGUGCAUCUUUCUGUGGAUACAGUGGUCCAUUUAUCCGGUCAACAUCACAAAUACAUACUUUGGCUUUUGUCUCAGGGAUUCGUAGUAGUCUAGCUAGCUCGUAAAAAUCCAAUGAAGAUGAUUAUCUGUGAAAUAUUCAAUAUUCGGU